AUGGAGUCCGGGACACUGAAUUUUGACGCAACUAGGUUGCCGCCAAUAACUGAUGAUCGUGAGUACUUGACAGUCAGACUUCGAGUAACCCCCAUUUAUGAGGGGGUAUUCCGCCAUCUUGAAGGUAGGGAAACCGUCUUGAAUAGACUACAAUUUCUUCCACCUACCCAUACAGUCCUCUACCUCCCAAUAGACCUGCUCUCGCAAUCCACAGCCCACCACCACAUUCUCAACCAACUCACAAGUUUCAGUCUCGAUAACGGUCUCGGUAAUGAGUUCGCUGAGCAAAUAUCUACCGAAAUGCUCGUUUAUUUCCAAGGAAUAUCCAUUGCCGGCUCCUCCAAUCACUUCUCGUUUGACGCGCGGAGUGUCUGGACUGAUGUUAUUUUUGACGAAGGGGUCACAGGACAGAGAAUCCAAAAUUUUGAGGAAGUGCUCACUUAUUAUAGGAGCAAUCCAGCACAGGCCGAGUUUGAUUUUGGUGGUGGCAACCGAGAUAGUUCUGCAAAUAAUGGGGUAUCGACCUCCCUGCUUGAGAAACUGAGAGCAGAACGGAGGGUUGAUCGUACCGACGCUUGUCAUGCUAUUGAAGGCCCCUGCGCCAUAUGCCUUGAAGAUUUCUUGUCGGCCAAAGAGCUGAUUGACAUGCCGUGUUGUCACAUGUUUCACGAGUCAUGCAUCUUUAGCUGGUUGAAGACGAAAAACUCCUGCCCACUCUGCCGUCAAAGUGUUGACCUCUGA